GGACCCCGGGGAAGAUGGCGGAGCGGGAGCGGUUGGAGCGGCAGUCGCUGGGAGCGCUGUUCGGGGCCUAUGGUAAGCUGCUGGACAAAUGCGAUCUGCAGGCAGCUCUGACUGACAGACUUCGGGUUGAAAAAUGUGACCUCCAAACUAUCAGACCAGCCCUGCAGGGGACACAGCAUGAAAUACUGCGGCAAAAAGGCACUCAGACCUGGAUCCAGCAACAGGAUGAGUUGAUGGAGUUUCACAAAAAUCGCGGAGAUCUCACACAAAGCAUGAUCGAACUCAAUAGCAGACUGCAGCAAAAAGAUAGAGAAAUCUUGACCAACGAGGCAAAAAUGGUAGAGUACCACAAACGGAUUAAGAGGCUGGAGGUGGAAUGCCAGGAGCUGCGGACUAACCUGCAGGACUUGGAGCGAGCCAAUCACAUACUGAAAAAUGAAUACAACACUCUCCACAUCACAUUCAGCACCCUUGAAGAACGACUGCAGAAGAUGGCUGAUGAGAACCGUGAGCUAAUCACACGGUGGAUGAGUGAGAAAACACAGGACACAAAGAGGCUGAGUACAGAGAAUGAAAAGGACUCCAGACCAUUUAUCCUCCUGGGAAGAAUUGGAACCUUGCCCACGAUGCCAACGAAUCACAAGCGCACAGAUCUGCCACUUGCUGAGAAGGUGAAGGUUGUCAUGGCUCUGCAAGGCCCAAAAGUCUCCUACGCCUCAGUGGCCAAGAUGUUCAACAUCUCCAAGAGUCAGGUGGGACGCAUCAGCCAGAACAGGGAGAGCAUCCUGGAAGAAUGGCGACAGAACGCCAAUCCCAACCGCAAGAGGAAGAGGAAGGGGAAGGACAUUGAGGUGGAGGACGCUCUUCUCUUGUGGUUCCAGCACGCUGUGGCUGAAGGAGUCCGCAUCUCUGGCCCCAUGCUAAAGACAAAGGCCAAGGAGUUUGCGGAGGAGCUACAUCACAAUGACUUUGAGCCAACUGAUGGAUGGCUCUCGCGAUGGAAAGCUCGGAACAACAUUGUCUUUAAGAAGGACCCCAACGAGCGGCACGAUUGUGAUGGCUCUGUGGCAAAUGGGCUGACUCCUGAGAGACCUGAAGCCGAGGCCAGAGUCACUGAUAUUGGCCACAAUGUGACCUUGCUCGAUGCAAUCCAAAUGCUGUAUCGGGCCUAUGGGGGCAUGGAGCAGACUCCCUGUGCUGACCCACACCAUGGAGACAAGUUGAAAAAGCAUGCAAUCUGUCUGGGUCCCAGACUCCCCGGGGGCGACCUUGACUCGACUAAUUUCUGUCCUCACUUGCUCCCAGCAAAACAGGAGGAGCCUCCUGGCAUGCAGCCCAAAUCUGAGGACAGUUGUGUGACAACCAAGAGGCCCCGCCUGGAGAUCAAAGUGCAAGAGCGUGAGGCUGACAGAAGGUCACCAAGCAUAGCCCCUGUCAUCACCAAUAACGAGGUGUUAGAGUGUGUGAGCAAGCUGGGAAACUGGCUUCAGCUGCAAGGACCAUCGGGAGUUUACGAGCCAAUGCUGUGCAUGCUACAGGAAAUGCAGACUGCAGUGGCAACUUUCCUGAGGUAGACAUUAGGGUCUUGCUGAUGAUACAAAGAAAGGUUUUUUUUAAAAAAGAAAUGAAACUGAAAAAUGCUGAAAUUGUACCUGUAAAGAUUAACCCUCUAAUGGACCUUUCUUGGAACUUAAAAAUCAGGAGGCCAAGAGAGCAGGGUCUUGUGAAGAUGUUUCAUUUUGAUGGGUGGCUGUGCCUUCAGACUCCAAGGUCCCAAGCUCUUUCACCAGACCUUCUGUCUCUGUCCUUCUGAUUAAGACAUUUCUUAAUACCUACCUCUCUAAUUGCCACCAAUCUUAAUACCCCUACCUGUUUACUUGGCUUGGCAUAAAAUUUGUUUGGUUAUUCUUCUGUGAACCAACUUUGGACCUUAUACUAUUUUAAUGACUCUCUACGAGUGCAAAUUGUUGGUGUUUGAUUCCAACCACAACAUCAACAUCUGGAAGAUACUUCACUGAUUUUUUUUUAGAUUAGAUUAGACUUACAGUGUGGAAACAGGCCCUUCGGCCCAACAAGUCCACACCGACCCGCCGAAGCGCAACCCACCCAUACCCCUACAUUUACCCCUUACCUAACACUACGGGCAAUUUAGCUUGGCCAAUUCACCUGACCCGCACAUCUUUGGACUGUGGGAGGAAACCGGAGCACCCGGAGGAAACCCACGCAGACACGGGGAGAACGUGCAAACUCCACACAGUCAGUCGCCUGAGUCGGGAAUUGAACCCGGGUCUACAGGCGCUGUGAGGCAGCAGUGCUAACCACUGUGCCACCGUGCCGCCCACGGUGUAUCUCUAAUGCUUUCUGUUUUCUGACUGAAUUGAUUUCUCAAAUGUUUUUAUAUAUUUAUCUGAGACACAUUGUAUACUACACAGUAGUCAGAAUAUAAAAAAAGUCCUAUUAUAGAAAACAAAACUCUGCUAAUUUAUUUAGAGAAGCCUUUUUUUAUACUUACAAUAAUAAAGAAGUAACUGAGUCCAGUGGAGGCUACAUUUUAGCAUUUAGUACAAUUAAAUCAGUAAGUUGGCUGGGUUUAAUGUUUGUAAGGGCUUAAAAGAGAUGAUCAAUUCAGUACCAAAGACUGUAUUGCGUGUAUUAACUGCCAGAUAUUAUGUUAAAUUGAAAAGCACCACAACUGCAACUUAAAUGGAUCAGUUCACCCUUAUAAGGGCUGAGAUAUUGACAGUAUUAUACCAUAGAGUAUGUAGAACAGUCUCGGCUGGUGUGAAGCAAACUGCACUGUACAACUUCAUGUUUGAUGCUGUUUCCACUUCACACAAUAAAGUAGUGCAGUGUUUUAA